AUGCCACCAAGUGGAGGCUUAAAUGUACCAUUGCAUCCCGCGCUCGAAGACCUGGGAUCGAGAACGUUUACGAGCAAGACGACCGGCAAGGGGAAGGCAUCCUUCCAGCGGGGCGGGCGGCGAGGAGCAGCAGUCACCGUCAACCCAUAUCUCGACAACACCCCUCCUGCUCCAGGCCUAGCAGCAGGGCCUGUGGCGAAGCCGAGGGAGCCACGACAGCUCCAGUUCAACCAAAAGGGUAAAUACAUUCAGCAGGGCAAUGCACUCCGGCGGCAGGCGGCCCUCGAGGCCAUGAAGAAGCGAAUUGCCGAGCAGGCACGCAAAGCCGGAAUGGACGAGAUACCGAGCGACAAGAACUUUGUCGUCGAGGAGCCGCCAGACAUGGAGUGGGUCGACCAGGCAUAUUUUGCAGAAGGCAAGACGUACGAUGACAUAGGCACGGAAAGCUGUCUGGUGGUGGAGGGAGAGGACACUGUCGUCACCGACCUGAUCCAACAUCCGAUCCCGAUCGAGCCACCGCAGGAAAAGCUGGUGCCGGCACCAAAACCGAUGUUUCUCACGAAGCGGGAGCAGAAGAAGGAGCGGCGACAGCGGCGCAUGGCCGAGCUGAAGGAGAAGCAGGCCAAGAUCCGGCUGGGUCUGAUGCCAGCACCGCCGCCCAAGGUGAAGCGGUCGAACCUGAUGCGCGUGCUAGGCGAGGAGGCCGUGCAGGACCCCACGGCCGUGGAGGCACGAGUCAACCGGGAGAUUGCCGAGCGGUUCCAGACGCACAUGAGCACCAACGAGGAGCGCAAGCUCACGAAGGAGCAGCGACAUGAGAAGCUGGCGACGAACCAGGAUAAGGACGCGGCCAAGGGCAUCCACAUGCUCAUCUUCAAGAUCCCAUCACUGGUGAACGGACAGCACCGGUUCAAGAUCUGGAAGAAUGCCGAACAGCUGGCGCUCACAGGAGUGUGCAUCAUGCACCCCAAGACGAGCCUGGUGGUGGUCGAGGGCGGCGAGCACAGCAUCAAUAAGUACCGCAAGCUGAUGAUGAACCGCAUCGACUGGACGCAGAACGUGCCGUCACACAUGCCGGCCAAGGCAACUGCAGAGGGUGGCGUGCCUGCUGAGAAGGGACCAGCUCGCGAGUGGCUGGCAAGCGAAAGCGAAAGCUUGCCGAACAACCAGAUCCAGCUGCUCUUUGAUGGCGAGGUCAAGAUCCGGGCGUUCCGCAAGUGGCUCAGCAGGGUGUGCGACACAGAUCGGGAAGCCUUUGACUUCCUGGCUCGGUCGAAGCUGGAGAGCUUUUGGGCACAGGCAAGAAGCGGCGCAUGA